AUGUUCGGCCACUGUGUUUCAAAGCACCGAAUAUGGAUGCGCUGCUGCUUAAGAAGAAACCACAACUCAGCCAUUCGCAAGUAUUUGAAGGAAAAUGUGGGCAUCGCAGGCUCCACCGUUUACCAAGGAACAUUAUAUGAACACACAGUCGCUCGAGAACUCGGUGAAAAACUGGCCAUGCAGCAGCUCGAGAUAUGUGGAGGCUCUUACGACGCUGGAAUCGAUAUUCGUGGGAAUUGGCCUCUAGACACCAUCUACAACGUGAGCAAAGACAAACGCACGCUCGAGGACGGUGUGGCCAAGAAAGUUAGCGUAUGCGGAGCCCAGUUCAAACCUGUCAUACACAGACUAGAAUCACAGAAGCCUUUCAAACCCUUGAACGUGCUUGUUCAGUGCAAGGCGUUUACGAGUGCCAAAAUUACGGGCAAAGAAGUGCGGGAGACAAUGGGCGCGUUUUCGUCCGCAGUCCCAAGUCACAAGAGAAACCAGUACAUGCUAGUGCUUGGCUCGCCUAACUUUUUAACGCGCGAUGGCCUGAACGUGAUGAACAGCUUGGCAAUUCCCUUGAUCUACGUCCGUAUCGAAAUGCUGAAGUUGCACCAAGGAUGGUACGAUGUCGAAAAUUCGGGCAAACUGCAGAACUAUUACGAAAACGAAUAUGCUUCGAAACUUCUACAAGGCUGUGGGGUGUCUCAUUGGCUCAAGUUCCGGCAAUACAACCGCCCUGUAUGA